UGGGUCUGUCCUGAGUAACACUGGACAUAUUUCUUUUCCGUGAGAGUAAUAUUCAUAUUAAUCCGGGAGUGUUUCCGACUGUCCUUCCCCGAUGGCACAUACCCCACACCGGAAUGAAGAAAACGACUGGAACAGUUUGUUGACUUCUGAUACCUAUCAGACCGAUGAAACGCAAAGUUCUGCUACAACAGUCUGGGGACCUGGCACAUUGUCUGGAAAGGCCAUCAAGAGUUUAGGUGAAGCUAGCCUCCGAGGGUUGGAUCACCUCAUCAUUCGUUGGAAACUCGCUAGAAUCAAUUCAGGUCUUUCCAAAAGUAACGCAGCCUCAUCGGGAACCUCUCCCUCGUCUUUGCUCUCUGUCGAAAAGUUGGAGAAGAUUUGUGACGAUUUGUUGGAACUUUCCAGACUCGAUUUUUACGACGCCAAAGUACGACAAAAAGCGCUACGGUUAAUCAUGAUUCAAAUCGGCAGCAGAGAAACAAGUCAACUGAUUUCGUGCAUCAUGAAAUGGCCACAGCAGGAGAUUAGGAUAUUUCUGUCUGAAAUGAUGGAUUUCAUGCCCAUCCUGUGGAGUAACGACGUCCGUUCAACGCUACAUUCAGCCGAUAACGCACAAACCCUUUUCUACCCAGAUCUCAUCAGUGUCUACCGUUCUUCCCAAUCUCCCGCGGAGCUUCAUGAGGUCAUACCCUUCCUAUCGUUUACCACAUCGCUUGCCCGAAAAGGUCCCGCGGUGGGGCGGGCAGUCAUCGAAGCAGGUUUUUUGUCGUUUCUCACAAAGCUUCACCAGAACUACGAUGUCAGAGAUAGUAUCGAGCCGGUAGUUGCCGCUCGAGACGCUUUGGAGGUACUCAUGGAGGACCAUGACGCGCUUCUGGAACAAUAUCGGAUGGAUUUGAUUUGGCCUAGGGGUACAAGCACCAUCCCAUUAACCAGAAGGUCGCUCGAGUUAGCAAACCUGACACCAGAUAAGAGGACGGUCAGUUGGAGAAACGCAGAAAGCUCCUGGAUUCGAGAGCGACUUUGCGAGAUUCAAGUCAUCCUCGAGAUGCCUACAUACCACGAUGCGAAAUGUAAAACAGAUCUAUUUGAUGUCUGUCUUGAUCUAGUCACUUUCCACGAUUUUCAUGAUCGGGUUCUUGCUCAACAAUCGUUCACUCUCCUCUUACAAUGCAUAGCGAUCGGAGGCGAGCUGCGUGAUGCUCUAAAGGCCGUGCUCAUCCACACAUCCUAUGAACAAGUCUUGGGAGUAUUCUAUCGUAUGACCUAUCCAACUCUGCAAAUCAAAUUCGAAGAGCAUCCCAUUUUCCUACAUUUAUCCCAACAAAUAACGACCUACCAUCCCGAGAUUGACCCAGUCGACUACAUCGUGGAAUUUGCUGUGGAAGUAGCAGGUGCCAGUCACCACUGCGCGCGAGCCAUCGUGGACGCCGAUAUCAUUUCGUUAUUGAGCAGCACCACCGAGCAAGUCAGUAAAGGUGAAGUAUUACGGUGUCUGCAAACCGCAGCAAGGUCUGAACACGAACAAGAUCCGUCCAAGUACCCUCAUUUGCAGACCAACUCCAGAUUGACUGGGAACAGACCGCGAUCUGUAACGGUGUGAAAAAUUCACCAGCACCCAAGCCCCAGACAAUCUACCAUUUCUGCACAUGCAGUUCGGUUAUGGAUCCCGGAAAAAACGCUUCGAC